GCCUGAACCGGCACGUUCCAUUUGCCCACCGUGCCUAAUGGAAGAAGCCGGAGCCCAAACCAAGGAGCAUGCUGAUGAGGCCAAAAAGGAUGCCGGAAAGGAGGCGCGCAAGCCAAAGUCCAGGGUCCGCCUGGUGGAAUGCGGCACAAUGAGCGGGGCGGCCAGUCGUCCCAGUGGCCGGGCAGGAACUCAUCUGCAAUGGGCCCAAACGCCCACAGGGCAGUGGGUCCGCGUGUUUUCGACCACGGCCAUAGCCCCCAACCGGCAGCGAGACAAGUCACGUGUGGAGAACAACGUUGGCCUUGCAGAAUUUGGAGAUGCCUGGACAGAGUUCUACAGCUCUGUGAAUGGCCUUCCAAUUGCCAUGGGCUAUGAUCGCAUUGUGUAUGGUGAUCAUGGGCCCUAUGUGGAAUUCUCCUCGCACCACCUUUGCUGGUCAACUUUCCCGAACUUUGUGGAAAAGCCGGAGAUGAGCUUCUUUGAUGAGUACUACACGCUGGAUGGCUCAACCAUGUUGUACGCGCAGAAGCGGACGGUUGUGAACAAGCCAAACCCUCCUAGCGGGCCAUGGUCCGCGCAAAACAAUCGCCCGGAGGGCUAUGCGAAUUACCUCAUCGGGAAGUUCUAUUUGGCGUGUGAGGCCGACGUGAUUUUCGUGAACCGCCCUGCCAAGAAGAAGAAAAAACGCGGCCAAGGCCAGGGCCAGGGCCCCCCCGGGGGCCAAGGGGAUGAGGAGCCAGAGGAGCUGCUGGAGGUGGAGGAGAUCCCGGAGGAUGGCGAGGUUUGGGACUGGGAGGCGGAAGUGCCAUGGGUGGAAGGCUGGUGGGGAAAUGGCGCGUGGCCAAUGGCAGGAGAAACGUUUGACUGGCAGUACGGCUAUGAAAGCCAGGAGACCUAUGCCGGCAGCUCUUACGUUGCCAGUGACGGAGAUGCCAGCUCUGCAACUACGUCCAGUCAAAAGGGCAGUUGCAUUUCAGCAUGCGAGCGAUCUCGGGGCAAGCCGGUUAGCAGGGGAAGCAUCCGUGCAAGGUGUUUGUUUAGUAUCUAG